CUGAGCGUGAGCGUUCUUUUUUUCUAUUUUUGAUAUCCAAACUUAACCUAUAAAGUGUGCGUUUAAUUUUUUCAUUGUGUUUGUCUAUUUUUGUGGACGAAUUAUCUAUAUAUGGAUUAAUUUCUUGAAAAGUGUUCAACAGAAAUAUGGCUGGUCAAGGAUUUUUAUUCAAAACAUUCAAUGUUUUCAAUAGCAGAAUUAUAUCUGCAAAUAGGUUAAAUGUGGCAAAUUUCCAAACCCCCACCAGGACCAUAAAAACAGAGACUAAGGAAAGACUCAAAUCCUUAAAUAUUCCUGAAAAGCCGAAGAAACCUUUAACGCCCUAUUUACAGUAUGUUAAUCAAAAGCGAAGUACUAUAGUUAAGGAAAAUCCCAAUAUACUUCCCAAAGAUGUAUUAAGAAAACUCUCAGAAGAAUGGAAACAAGUGACUGAAGAAGAAAAGGAGAAACUGAAGGAAAAGUAUCAAAAAGAAGCAGAGAUAUAUGAUAAAGACAUAUUAAAAUUUAAUACAGCUUUAACUGCAGAACAGAGAGAAAUCUUGCAGAUAGCUAAUAAUGAAAAGAAAGAAGACAGAAAGAAAAGGAAGAUUACGAAGUUAUUAAAAGAAACUCACAAACCCAAAAAACCACAGGGUCCUUAUCUGUUAUACCUCCAAGAACAAAGUAAAAUUAGAAAUGUUCCUCUUAAUAUCCUGAUAAAGACUGUAAAGAAUGACUGGGCGCAGGUAUCAGACAGCCAGAAGGAGAAAUAUAGAGCUCAAUACGCUAAGGAACAUGAAAAAUAUGAGAUAGAAUUAGAAAAUUGGGAGAAGAAAAUGAUCAGCGAAGGCCAUCCAGAAUUAGUUAGAGUCAAGCACAGAGUUCCAGAAGAGAGGCCAUCUAGGAUUCUAGACCUGAAGGGGAAGAAGCCUAGUAAACAAUAGGAAUUCGAGUGUCUUCACUCAGAUUCAUCUGCCGCUACUGCGGGUGAAGACACGUUUCAUAUUGAAACAAAGAAACAAACUGAGAAAGAAUGUCUCGAAAAUAUGAAUAAAAAUCAACAAAACUCGAUAAAUUCAGAAAAUAGUCUCAUCACCGGGAACCCGAUAAAUUCAGAAAAUAAUGUCAUUACAGGGGCCAAUUCCCAGGGAUCUAUUUCUGAUAAUAAUCAUUUUAAAAGAAGUGAAUCUGUAAAAGAUUCUAAAGAUCCUGAUAAUUUAAGUUCUCGUUCUGUUUCUUUUGAUCGGAUAAAUGAAGUGGCAGAGAAAACCAGCUCAAAGGCUAACUAUUCCAUUAAAGAGGAAGAUAAACCAACACCUUCAGAGUUACCGGAAGAUAAGAAAGAUAAUCAAGCGAAAGAAGAAAAAAGGGACGGUCUGGUCAAAACGUUUUGGAAGUUCUUCAAAAAAUCCUAAUUUAGAAUGCGAAAAAUUUAGAUUUUGUUUUAGUUUUAAGUACGGGUGAGAAAUGACGUGAAGAUUUUUGUUUAUUUUAUGCUUAGAUUAAAUACAUAUACAAUAUAUCUGUUUUAUGAUGUAAACGUGUUAAGGUUUUUUAAAUUUAUAAAAAAGAACGUAUUUUUAAUAUUCUAUUAAAAGUCACCCUUGCUAUUCUGGAAGAGAAUUGAUGGCCAAAUAUCCUAGUUCUAUACAUAUCAAGUCUUCCCACUGAAUCUUCAUUUAGUUUCUUUGUUUAAUAAUUUUAAGUUUAAGAUUUAUGAGAUAAGUUUGAUAAAUAAAUAAUAAAUGUGUGUUGCUAUUA